AUGACGGAGGUAGAGAGGAGGGAGAAGAGAAAGGAAGAAAAAGAGGUCGUGGCGAUGGCAGAUACGGCGGCGACGGUAGUAGAGCAGCGGAGGGUGAGAAGUGGUGGUGAGAAAGGGAGAGGAGCUGCGGAGGCAGACAAACCCCCACAACUUGUGGAUCGAUCGAGUCAUGGAAGGAAGCUUGUGGAUGAUGAGUUUCUUAAUCAGUAUGUGCAGUUUGGUGCGGAUUCGCAGCACACGAUGCGUGGUUUGGUCGAUUCGGUCAAGUUAGUUGGUGCUAGUGGCUUCCAAUGCUCUGAGUGGGUUGAGGAGCCGACGCUUCUUGUCAUACGCUUUGAGUACGCAAAUCUUUUCCACACAGUUACAGAUUGGUACAGUGCAUAUGUGGCUUCUAGAGUUACUGGCUUGCCUAAUCGACCUAAUGUGGUUUUUGUAGACGGCCAUUGUGUGGCACCCUUGGAGGACACAUGGAGGGCAUUGUUUUCGAGCGUUAGAUAUGCCAAAAACUUCAGCAGUCCAGUCUGUUUUCGCCAUGCUAUCCUCUCACCUUUGGGAUAUGAAACUGCCCUGUUUAAGGGGCUUUCUGAAAAUAUAAAUUGUCAAGGAGCUUCUGCACAUGACUUGUGGCAAAACCCCGAUAUUCAGAAAACUGCACGAUUUUCUGAGUUUGGAGAGAUGAUAAGAGCCGCAUUUGGAUUUCCAGUAAAUAGACGACGAACCUCAAAGCCGGUCUCGGGUCACAACGUACUCUUCGUUAGACGUGAGGAUUAUUUAGCCCAUCCACGACACGGUGGUAAAGUUGAAUCAAGGCUUAGCAAUGAACAAGAGGUUUUUGAUGCUUUAAGGAGCUGGAUGUCGAAUAAGUUGGAAUGCAAAAUAAACCUAGUCAAUGGAUUGUUCGCACACAUGCCCAUGAAAGAGCAAGUACAAGCCAUUCAAGAUGCUUCAGUCAUUAUCGGUGCUCACGGGGCAGGUCUCACUCACAUAGUUUCUGCAACUUCAAAAACGGUGAUUCUAGAGAUCAUUAGUAGUGCGUACAGGCGUCCGCAUUUUGCUUUGAUUGCACGGUGGAAAGGGUUGGAGUAUCAUGCCAUAAAUCUGGCUGGAUCAUAUGCUAAACCUUCAGAGGUUAUCGAUAAGCUCAGCAGCAUAUUGAGGAGUCUUGGAUGCUGAAAGUGCAUAUUGUUUGUAUUGAGUUCUAUUUAACAUCUUCUACACAUUCGGAAUCUGUGAGAGUGGAGCCGAUGGAUUCAUGGUUUCAGUUUUUUGACUUCUUAUGGGCUCUAAGUUUGUUUUGUUCAGCUGUCUUCACAAAUGAUUGGUGGAUAGCAUAAUGGGCAAUUUUGUCAAUGGUUGCUGGAAUAUCAACAAGUGAGAGGUGGGUAAGAUGAAGACAAGUGGAUGUGUGUUUUCUUCUCAACAUUCAUUAUUGUUUUUUUCAAAAUUUUCAAUACUAGUUAGGGAGGGAACACACAGGAGUUCUGAUUUUGCUAGGAGACCAAUUUUUUGGUAAGUUUACAGGAACAAAUGUUCUAUUGUACAAUAGAGUACUUCUCAGUAGUUGGUUUUUGAUGUUGGGGUGUUUUUAUGAGGUACUAA